UAUACAAAUGCUGGUAAUCCAUUGGCGCAUUAUGAUCAAACUGCGACGGAGCUUUGGGAACAAUGCGAUGGCAAGAUAGAUGUAGCAGUGAUUGGCGCCGGUACUGGAGGAACGGUGUCCGGAAUCGGAAGAAAAUUGAAGGAAUUAUCGCCUAGCACAAAGAUUAUCGGCGUAGAUCCUGUAGGCAGCAUUUUGGCACAGCCAUCUGAGUUAAAUGGGAACGGUGUUGGUUUCUACGAAAUUGAAGGCAUCGGGUAUGACUUCGUACCUACAGUUCUAGAUCACAAUGUGGUUGAUGAGUGGAUGAAGACUGAGGACUACGAGUCGCUAAAAGUGGCACGAGAAUUGAUUCGCAAAGAAGGAUUGUUGUGCGGUGCUAGCAGUGGGUCAGCUCUGUCGGCGGCGUUAAAAAUCGCCAAAGACUUAUCUGCGGAUAAACGUAUGGUUGUUCUCUUGCCGGACAGCAUACGAAAUUAUUUGACAAAAUUUGUAUCAGAUCAAUGGAUGGAAGCUCGAGAUUUUUUGCCUUCCGAGCCUAUAAUAGAAGAAAAUAAAUGGUGGUGGAAUAUACCAGUAUCAAAAUUACCAUUAAAGAAGAUGAUAUUAUUAAAAGGGAUGUCAUGUGAAAAUCUUAUGGAACUUCUCAAAACUUCUAAUCACAUUCGGCAAUUGUUGGUAACUGACGAGAAAGACAUAUGUGUUAAAGGUGUUGUCACAUCAGAUGCGCUUUUAUCUAAUUUAAUCUCCGGUACUGUAAAACCAAAGGAUUGUGCCGAGAAAAUUAUGACUAAGCAGUUUACGAAAAUUACAUCCUCAACUAAACUCGGCAAAUUGUCACGUAUCCUUGAAAAAGAAUCUUACGCCGUGGUUGUAAACGAUAAUGCUUUAAUCGGACUUGUAACGCAAAAUGAUAUUUACGAUUUUAUCACUAAAAAUAAUAAAAAUAUUCAAUAAUGGAUAUAAAACAUUAUCAUGUGAUUAAACAAGAUUACACUAUAUAUGUACUUAAAUAAUUAAGAAGGCUAAGUACAUCACAGGUUUUCUUGCUUUAUAA